CAUUGAAUGCAAAUUGGGUUCACUGAACCCAAAACGCACGAGAAAUCUUUGUAGAAACCCGUAAUUCUUCGAAAGGAGAGCACGCCCGUGCGAUCCGGGAGAUUGCCGGGUUUCCAGCCAAAUGCUUAAUACCCAAUCGUCAAAUAGUACUAAACGUAGCGAAGGUGAAUUAGGUACUCCAUAUGACUCAAAUGGCUGCCAAGGUACCAUUUGGCGGUUUGCCGCAUCGCGUUGUUGCUGCCAUGACAAGCAUCAAAACUCCUGAUGCGCUGCCCAAGGAUUGCUUAUUGUGCACCAAACGCGUCACUCGAAAUGCCACAUGGGAUUCAGUUUCCGCCCAUACCCGUAUACAGAUCCCAUCGUGUGCAGAAACUAUAAAAGAAAAGGGCGAUGGGACGAGCAAGGAUCUGCUUUUGCCGUAAAGCAAGAAAGUCACCAUCAGGAACCUCGCAGCUUGCCAUGAGGUUUGAUUGGAUGCAAUGUGAACCGGCGCUGUCUGAUUGGACACGGCAGCAUCUGUUUCUAAAGCAGGCAAGGCAGGGUAUGCAUGUGAAAUGCGACAAAAAGCUACAGUGUGCAGCUUGCAGUUGAAUUUCCAAUUGUGGUAGCAAAAGGAGGAAAAGUACCGUACGGGAUGGAGUUCAGCUUACUUGACUCGGAUCUUGUUUUGUUUAUUUGUUUGCUUGCAAUAUUAAGAAGAACUCCGUAGUAUUCAUGACAGUCAGGUCUCAACUGACAAAAAACGACACAAUGAACGCACUCAGGCC